CACUUUACGACACUCAUGUUCCAAGGAGAUCGAUUGUUGGGAGACAGAAGUCGAAGGCAGAAUUUUCUGGAAGACCAGCGGUUUUUACGAAAAAAUGUCAAAGUCUGAAACAGAAGCAGUUUCAUUGCCUCAGGAGGUUCAUAAAACACCUGAGUCAACAUGUGCAGAGGGUCAGGCUGAUCAAUAUAUGGAGCCGCAGGCAACAGCUCUUACCAAUGGUUUUGAUACAAACACUUCUAGUGAAAGUGAAGCAAAAUCCAGAUGCCAGGCAUCUGAUGAUCAUGCAAAGUCCAAAUGUGAUAUAGACAGUGAGUUAACACAGAAAGAAUUAGGUGCAAAAGGUGAUGAUGUAUCUGCACACAAAGACAAUGUUUCUUUCGAACCAGAUAGUGCCCAGGCGGUACCUACCUCUGGAGAGUCUCAAUCUGCUCACAUUGCUAACACAUCUGAAGCACACAGAUCAGGAGAGGCUACAGCAGCAGCAGCAGCUGCACAGGCAGGAAGCACCCCCAACACACAGGGCUCUGAGGAAGCAUCAGCUAGCCCGUCCGUCACACAAGAAUCUGAGGAAGCAUCUGCAAGCAUAUCAGACACAAAAGGAUCUGAAGAAGCAUCUGCAAGCAUAUCCGACACACAAGGCUCUGAAAAAGCAUCAGCAAGCACAUCUGACACACAAGGCCAUGAGGUAGCAUCAGCAAGCACAUCCAACACAACUGAUGCCCAGAACGAUGCAGCCUCUGUGAGCAAAGAAGUGGAAGAGGAAAAGAAAGUUGACAUCUUCGGAAAUGGACUCCUUGUAAAGAGUGUUAUUCGCAAAGGUAAUGGUGACGAACGACCAAGUGAUGGCGACACAUGUACCAUCAACAUCGAUGUCAAACUGGCCGAUGGCAAACUUGUAGAUCAUAUGGAAAACUUCAGCUUCUUCCUUGGAGAACAUGAAGUUAUGCUGGCCCUUGAUGUUGGAGUCAAAUUCAUGUACAUCGGUGAGAUCAGUGUCUUUCACACUGAUGCCAAAUAUGCAUACGGAGCAAGAGGAAGGACCCCAGAUAUCCCAGCCGAUGCUUCCUUGGUUUUAACCGUAGAACUUCUUCGUGUGUACCCAGCAGUGGACCGUCAGAAACUCUCAGUAGACCAACGCCUGAGCUUGGGAGAGAAGAAGCGAGUGCGAGGGAAUCAACUGUACUCUUGGAAAGACUAUCCAACAGCAAUUGAAGUCUACAGUCGAGCACUUCAUAUCUUGGACCCCCAAUCCGGAUCUUUCACAGAGUCACCAGAGAAACUACAAGAGUUCCUGGACUGCCGCAUCAAAUGCUAUAACAACAUGUGCAUAUGUCAGAUGAUGCUCGGCCAUCACGAAGCAGCCAUUAAAUCAGCAAAUGAAGUGUUAAGAGUACAGUCUGACAACUGGAAAGCUCUCAGCCGUCUCGGCAAGGCUCUUGGUGAAUCUGGUGACACAAAAAAAGCCAUAGAAGUUUUGAGGAGGUGUGAAAAACUAAAUCAGAAUGACAAGAAAUUCCAGUCACAGAACCAAGCACUGAUGCAAACAUACAUAAAGAGAUCUGUCAAGGAAUCAGAAAAGGAGAAGAAAAUGUACAAGAAGAUGUUUGGGCUUGAAAAACCUGCCACACCCAUAUUAGAGAAGAAAUCCAUAUCUGUUUUUGCUCCAUCAUGGAAGUGGGCUCUUGGAGGUGUUGGCAUGGCCUUGGUAGCAGUGGGAGUAACAGCAGCUUUCAAAUAUUUCCAGCACUAACUACACAGACCGAGAUCUAGGGGGGAAGGGAUCAUACAGGCUUUUUAAUUCCAUUUCCAUAUAAUUUUUCGUUAUGAAGAUAAUCUUUAUAUUCAGUUUCAGUAUAAUAUUCAGGUUGGUUUAAGGUUGAAUUGAAGGUUGGGGUAUUUACACAUUUAAGUUAGUGCUGUUCCGGGCCCCUUCUCGAUUAAGCUAUGAUUGUGUAUUUAAUUCUUUAUUUUAUGUUUUUCGUUUUGGUUACUUUAAAUGAAUUACUGUUCAUGUCAUAUUCAAAAUUCAAUAACUUAUAAACAUCAAAGCAAAAAUGGUUUUAAAUUAGUUUGUGCCCAAGAUUUAAUAUUUAAAGGACAUGAACUUUAUUUAGUAAUUUUUGAUAUUUUCGGGAAAAAAAUCAAUAUUUUCCCUUUUGAUUUCAAUUAAAUUUUGGCUCCAGAGAAAAUAAAUUAUUGACAAAAUUGUAUUAAUUUUAAUCUUAUGGUUGGAGGAAAUGCCUAACAAGUGCAGAGGGAGAGAGUAUUUGCAGGAGGGAGUAGAAUCGUACUAUAUUCAGGUCUACCUUUAUUGGCAUUUUCAUAGUAUCCAGGGAGAGAAGGAAGUGACUGCGAUACGAGAUGACUCACUAGGGAAUUUACAAGCUAUUCAAGGAAGUCGUUCGUAUGUACUCUGGUGGUUAUACACAUUGAGGGGUUCCUUAUAAAUGAAAUGGAUGUGGUUUGCAAAAUGACGCGAUGGGCGUGAUCUGGAAAAACCGUAUCUGGUGAAGCUAUAUGCUGAUGGCGUGAUUUGCGAUGUGUUUGCACGCCUGUCAUGAAAAUAAGUUAUCAGAUUAUUUGUUGUCCUUUAAAAUCCAAAAUGGCUGGUCUUGUAAUCAUUUUGAAAGUCAUGCUUCUGCUUUUAUCAUCAAGACUUUCAGGUACGGUACUUUUGUGGGUACUUUAUACUGCAUUAUAUACCAGAUCAAUAUGAUGUGUUAGGAAUUUCAAGGUGCGGCGGGACUUUUUUUACACAGAUAGAUGUGUCGAGAAUGUUACCACUAUAUCUUUGAUUGACUUGAUACUAAUUGAAAGGUUACUAUGCGUUGUGUUGUGUGUCUACGUUGCACUGUGCAUUUAGGUUUUGGUGAUAAACAGCAGACUCCAUUUUCAAAAUAUUUCAGGGAUGGUCACUUUGGAUCUUAGAGGCUGAUGAAUUACCAGUUUGAUAACUUAUUUUCAUGGUGGGAACCAGCACAUGUCAAAUUAUGUAUUCGGUUCAUAAUUUCACUGGCUGUGGUUAGUUUUUCGGGGAUCCUUUGUGGUAUGUUGCAAAACAUGGAACGUCUCAGUUAUGGGGAAAAUAUUAAGGUGUGCAAUAGUUCCAUAGUACAUAAAAGUGAAUUCCUUGAAGAUUUGUGUAAAUGACCUGCCGAGUCUGACUGGACGCAGACAUUUCCACGCUCGUACCAGGUGCAUUAUCGAACAACUACCUGUUUGUUCGGUGACUUCACUGUCUGAGGAGAGAGAUCACUACAGCAUCGUCUUUCUCAGAUAGCAGGUCUGUCGAAUGAAUAUGUGAAAUGAAUAUUAAGUACAUUGGUAAUCUACCAUUUUUACCCUGACUGCAAGUAUUUAAUCCCAUCCAAAAACCAUUAGUGGCACACUUUUAAUCAUCUGGUGUAUUUAGACCAACUUCAUGGGGUUUUUUUAUUUGUAGAUACACAUCAUUGACCUUAUCAAGAAGGUACCCUUUUUUUCAGUAAAUUAUAUCCUUGAUUUUCCAGACCAAAUUUUACUAUGAAGGAUAGAAUAAUUUGUUGUGAAUUGUUAAGAAAAUAUUUGGUCAGCUGUCCUUUCAAAAGUAGAAGAGUAUAUUUUCCAUCAAAUGUCUUUCAUAGGUAAAAGUGCUAUUGAAUUUUUAAUUUACAACCUUCAUUGUGUCUUUAGCCAUUCAGAAUGAAAUUUACCAUCAAAAUAUCUUUCGUAUUCAUGAUCAUUCUUCAAAUUCUAGAAGAAGAGAAAUAUGUUUCAAUAUUUUCAUGAAAUAUUUGGUGUAAAUCUAGUCAAGUUAAAGCUAUCUGCUAUCUGCUAUACAAUUUUUUCUAUCAACAGCUAGGGAUGUUAUUUUGGUGAUUUAAUUAAGGAAUGGUACCAUGUUGAUCAAAGUGUACCUUCAGAAUUUUAUGUAAGCUCAGAGAAGAAUCAUGAUUAAAGGAGGGAUGGAAACCUCAAGCUUACAUUUGUAUUGAUGUUUUAUGUGUGUGCUUUCAAUUGUGCCAAAAUCAAAAAGGAAGACUAUUUAGAUAGAAAUGUUGAUGUAGGUGAAAUGCUUUUGGAGAUUUCUCCCAUGUGAUGGGUACAGAUGUGUUGUGUUUUUUUCUAAGGUCAUUUGUAACAUGUUACCUACAGAUCAUGGAACCGGAUUUUUGUCAUUGUGUAAAGGCACAUUUAUUCUAUGAAUCAAGUCAUUUACUCCAGUUCAAGUAGACAUAUCAUAUUGAAAGUGUUGCAAAUGUAUGCCAAGUGCUGUGUGCUCUCUGUAAAUGUAUACCAAGAGCUGUGUGCUCUCUGUAAAUAUAAGGAAGAUUUUAUGACUGAAGAUGCGAAUUGGUCUAGGUUAUUUUUGUGCACACCCAAACAUGUCAAGAGUAAGUUCAGCAAAAAAUAUCUAGAUGUUUUUUUUUCUAAUUUUGAACACACUGCAAUACAUGUUAAUUGAUGUAUCUCUCAUAUUAUGUUCUUAAAAAUUAAAUUAUCAAAUCAUGUUAUACACAAUGUUUUAAACAUUUUGCACACCCAUACCUGUCGAGAGUAAGUUCAGAAAAUAUUGUCUAAAUGGUAUUUGCUUUUUUUUUCUAAUUGUGAACACAUUGCAAUACAGGUAAUAUGAUGUAUCCCUCAUAUUGUGUUCUAUUAAAUAAUAUUAUACACACCAUUUUAAACAUUUUCGAUACAGUAAUGCAUCACAUUCCAAUAAAGUUAAUGUUUUAUGUUUUAUAAUUGAUAUAUUUCCGUGACUGUAACAGUACUUCUGGUAUGUAUACAUAAUUAGAUGUUAAUGAGAUAGGAACAAUUUCAACAAGUCCAAAAAUAUUUUUCACUGUUUGUUAUGUGAUAAAGAAUAUCUGUAUAUCUGUGAUGUGAUGUUCUUAAAGGAACAAAACUAAAUAUAUAUUAUGUCUAGAAA